UUAAGCCGAUACAAUUGGUAAACGCCGCUAGACAGAAAGUGCAAAUCAUUUUGGAUUGGUUAUUUUUUCUGUCACGAAAAAUACAAAUUAUUAGCGAAAAAAACAUGAAUUCCCUUGGCGUUGAACAAUUCCCGGACUACAAAGUGCCUGGUGUACAGCAUGUGGACUUUCAUCCAUACGAGUCGAACGGCGGUUCUAUAGUUGCCAUCGCCGGCGAUGACUUUGUGGUUAUUGCCGCCGACACUCGCUUGAGCAGUGGCUACACAAUUCAUUCACGCGACCAGAGCAAACUAUUUCCCAUGUCGUCACGCACCGUUCUGGGAUCCACGGGAUGCUGGUGCGACAGUCUGUCGUUGACUGGCCUUGUCAAGUUGCGUAUGCAGAUGUAUGAGCACACUCAUCUGAAGACCAUGACCACUGAUGCGGUGGCCCAAAUGCUCUCAAUUAUCAUGUACAAUCGUCGCUUCUUCCCCUACUAUGUGUCCAACAUCUUGGCUGGCUUGGACAAGGAUGGCAAGGGUGUUGUCUACUCUUAUGAUCCCAUUGGACACUGUGAACGUGCCACUUAUCGUGCUGGCGGCACUGCUGGUUCAUUGCUGCAGCCAGUGCUGGACAAUCAGAUUGGUUACAAAAACCAGAAUUUGCCGGCUGAUCAGUUGCCCCCAUUGACCAAGGAACGUGCUGUGGCCGUCGCUUCUGACACUUUCAUUUCGGCUGCUGAGCGUGAUAUUUACACUGGAGACUCGGUGCUAAUAAAUAUUAUUACCAAGGAUGGCAUUGAGGAGAGAACACUGCAAUUGCGCAAGGAUUAAUUAAGGAACAAAAUCUUUUGCAUUCACACCUAUGUUCGACUUUAAUUUGGUGUAACAUAAUAAAAUAAAAAACAGAUCUACAAGAUAAUAAACUGGAAGGCAAUGCUUAGAAUUCAACUGUAAAA